UCUAGCUAAUAUAUCAUAUAUAUAAAUUUAGUGCUUUCUGCUUCCUAUAUGGGUUUUAUAUUAAAGGUGAUAGUUUUUCGCACUUUGGCUCUUAUUGUUCUGCUAUCUGUAGAGACUGUUGUGUGUCUUAGACAUGGGAAUAAAUGGGUUGGUGAGAAGAAAUCGAUCACCUCAGAAGGGAAUGGGGAUCUUGUGGCUGACUUAGCUGGCCAGCCUGAUGUAUCUUUCAAACACUAUGCUGGCUAUGUCACUGUAAAUGAAACAAAUGGAAGGGCACUCUUCUACUGGUUCUACCAGGCCACGGCUCUGGCUGAUGAGAAACCAUUGGUGCUGUGGCUUAAUGGAGGUCCUGGUUGCUCUUCUGUGGGAUAUGGAGCAACACAAGAGAUUGGUCCUUUUAUAGUGGACACCAACGGAAAUGGACUUAAAUAUAAUCCAUACUCAUGGAAUACAAAAGCCAACAUGUUAUUCCUGGAAUCUCCAAUUGGAGUCGGCUUUUCAUACUCAAAUACAACCAGUGAUUACGAUGAUCUGGGAGAUGAUUUUACUGCAAAUGAUGCUUAUAUUUUCCUCCACAAGUGGUUCCUAAAGUUCCCAUCAUAUAGAACGCGCACCUUUUUCAUUGCAGGGGAAAGCUAUGCAGGAAAAUAUGUUCCAGAGCUGGCUGAGCUCAUCCAUGACAAGAACGUGGAUCCUUCCCUUCAUAUUAAUCUCCAGGGUGUGCUGUUGGGUAAUCCUGAAACUUCUGAUGCUGAGGACUGGAGAGGUCUAGUGGAUUAUGCCUGGAGCCAUGCUGUCAUAUCAGAUGAGACUCAUAGGAUAAUCAUAGAAAGCUGUGAUUUCAAUGGCAAUGAUACGUGGAGCAACAAUGAUUGUUCUGAAGCCGUUGAUGAAGUGCUCAAACAGUACAAGGAGAUCGAUAUCUAUAGCCUCUACACUUCAACCUGCAUCGGCAAUUCAGCUGAGUCAGAUGACAGAUCAAUGCAAGUAAUGAUGAAGCACACAUCUAAUAUGAUGCCAAGAAUAAUGGGUGGCUAUGAUCCAUGCCUUGAUGAUUAUGCAAAGAAGUUCUACAACAAACCAGAUGUUCAGAAGGCUCUACAUGUUAGCGAUGGUUACCAUCUCAAGAACUGGACCAUCUGCAAUAUGAACAUAUUUUAUGAGUGGUCAGAUUCAAAGAAAUCUGUUCUCCCUAUAUACAAGAAGCUUAUUGCAGCAGGACUUAGAAUGUGGGUCUACAGUGGAGACACAGAUGGAAGAGUUCCUGUACUGUCUACAAGAUACAGCUUAAUUUCUCUGGGACUGCCCAUCACUAAGGCAUGGAGGCCCUGGUACCACCAGAAAGAGGUGAGUGGUUGGUUUCAAGAAUACGAGGGACUUAUGUUUGCAACAUUUAGAGGAGCCGGGCAUGCAGUGCCUUGCUUCAAACCAAGCAACUCACUGGCGUUCUUCGCAGCCUUUCUUCUUGGGGAGUCACCGCCAACUGCACGUCAAACAUAGUGGAUUCAUCUCUUUGAAGCUCCCCAAAAGAUUUUGCUCUUAGCUAGAUCUGUAGUAGGAAGUGUAGAGAACAUGCAUGCUGAUGCUGCCUGCUAUAUAUAUAUGACCUUUACGUUUUUCAGGAUGCAAAAUAAAGUCUUUAUUGCCAAUAAUAGAAAUUAUUACAGAAUUUCAAUAUCUUGUUAAUGGGACUGGUUAUUGCAUAGU